GGCGGGCGAGAGGGAAGCUCAGGCUGCGGCUGCGGAGAGGGUUGGUGGUGAGUGCUGCGCGGGAACUGUCCAGCCGCCUCCGGGGAGGGGUGGAUUGGCUGUCCCAGAACCCGACUCGUUCUGCGCCCCUGGCUAUUCUGCCUCCACGCGGGACCUCAGCGCGGCCUGACCUCUGGAGUCCCGGGGAGCCCCCCGCACACCCGAGCCAGCGCUGUCCAGGUAUGCAAAGAAGCCUCUUUGUCCUGAUGUCUUCAGAGAUACUAUGGAUCAGUCCGGAGUUCUCCUCUGGGUAAAAGCAGAACCUUUUAUAGUGGGUGUCUUGCAAGUCCCACCUCCAUCCAAAUUCAGUCUUCACUACCUCAGGAAGAUAGCCACCUAUGUGCGGACGCGGGCCACAGAGGGCGCCUACCCACGCCUCUCCUGGUCUACGUGGAGGCACAUUGCGUGCGGAAAGCUGCAGCUGGCCAAGGAGCUAGCAUGGCUCUACUUUGAAAUAUUUGAUAACCUUUCGGUGAGGACACCCGAGGAGCGCCUGGAAUGGUCUGAGAUUUUGUCCAGCUGCACUACUGAAGAGGAGGUGGAAAAGCAAAGAAGUCAGCUUUCAGUGGACACGCUGCAGUUUCUGCUCUUCUUGUACAUCCAGCAGUUAAACAAGAUCUCCCUGCGGACAUCGUUGAUUGGGGAAGAGUGGCCCAGUUCCAGAAGCAGACCUCAGUCUCCUAGCCUCACUGAACGGGCCAGCUGUCACAGUAAGAACUGGAAUGACUACAGUCACCAGGCUUUCGUCUGUGACCAUCUGUCGGAUCUCCUCGAGCUGCUUCUCGACCCAGGACAACUGAGUGCGUCCUUCCACUCAACCCACAGUAGUGUGCUCUCUCGAGAAGCCAUCCUGGCACUCAGCUUCCUCAUCGAAGGCACCGUGAGCAGAACCAGGAAGGUGUACCCCCUUCAUGAACUGGCCCUGUGGCAACCGCUGCACGCAGACAGUGGCUUCUCAAAGGUCUCCAAGACGUUCUCUCUCUAUAAGCUGGAAGCCUGGUUGAGAGCCUCUUUGACCACAAAUCCAUUUGGUCCAUCUGCUUGCCUCAAAUCUGGGAAGAAAUUGGCUUGGGCUCACCAAGUGGAAGGUACGACCAAAAGGGCAAAGAUUGCUUGCAAUACUCACGUGUCCCCUCCGCUGCACCGCAUAGUGGUGAUGAGCCAGGUUUACAAGCAGACACUGGCCAAGAGCUCAGACACUCUAGUGGGAGCUCACGUCAGGGUUCAUCGCUGCAAUGAGUCUUUCAUAUAUCUGCUCUCCCCCUUGCGGUCUGUGACAAUUGAAAAAUGCAGAAAUAGCACCUUCGUGUUGGGUCCCGUGGAGACAGCUCUUCACCUACAUGACUGUGAGAACGUGGAAGUCAUUGCUGUUUGCCACCGACUGUCCAUCUCUUCCACAGCAGGCUGCACCUUUCACGUCCUGACGCCUUCACGCCCACUUAUUCUCUCUGGGAACCAAAGAGCGACUUUUGCCCCGUUUCAUACCCAUUACCCAAUGCUGGAGGACCACAUGGCCAGGACAGGCCUCGCUACGGUACCCAACUAUUGGGAUAACCCAAUGGUUGUGUGCAGAGAAAGCAGUGACACGAGCGUCUUCCAGCUCCUGCCACCAUGUGAGUUCUACGUCUUUAUUAUUCCCUUUGAGAUGGAAGGGGACACAGCAGAGAUACCCGGGGGUCUCCCCGCUGCCUACCAGAAAGCACUGGCUCAAAGGGAGGAGAAGAUACAGAUCUGGCAGAAAACCGUGAAGGAGGCUCGUCUGACGAAGGAACAGAGGAAGCAGUUCCAGGUCCUUGUGGAGAACAAGUUCUAUGAAUGGCUGACUAACACAGGACAUCGGCAGCAGCUGGACAGCCUCGUUCCACACACAGCCGCCUCCAAACAAGUGCCUGGAUAGGACCCGCAUGGAGCCACUGGGCUCUGGAAAAGUGAGGAAGAACGGAGGAUGGUGCCCACUGGAGACUGUAUUGGAAAGGGAGCCUUGCUGCCUGCGAGACCUCGGCCUUUUCCCUCUAUUUAACACCUUUUAAAUAGUUACAAACAGCCAGACAACUUGUUUUGUUUUUCGAGACACAGGGUCCUCACCAUGUAGACCAGGCUGGCCUGGAACUGUACUGGCUGUUCUGUACGCACUUAGGUUGGAUUUUAGCUUCUGACUUUCAUAGAAACAUCUUACAUGUAGAAGGUUAGAAGACCCAUGCAUGUUGUGCCAAAUGGAGCACUGGGCAAAGCAGAUGUACGUACACGUUAGUGUCUAAGUGGCUGAGUACAGGCUCACCGGCUAAUCUCAUGUUUUAGUUUGUAUGAUGAAAGGGUUUGGUCCUAGCAGUAAAGUAUUCCAGGUGUGGUGGCAUAUGCCUGACCCCUAGGAUUCAGAGACAGAGUCAGGCGGAU